AUGGCCUUUAAGUCGAUGUGGAAGCACAAAACAAUCACAUUGCGGUCACACUCCAAUUGGAUCGGGCACAUAAGAUUCGCACGGCACUACCGAACGGCGGCCGCGUUCAAGUUUCGAACGCGCCGUUUUGGCGGGACGAACGCUUUGUUGGAGACGGCCGACGGCGCGGAAGGUCGCGGGCGCACUGACGGACUGACGCUGACGCACCAACGCUCUGUUGCCGCUCUACCGGAACGCUUCGCGGUCUCUAUCGUUAUAGAG